AUGAUUUCCGAAUCUCCGAGGUCUUUACGAGAGGACGAUUCUUCUCAGCGGAAAAAAAGAGCUAAAUAUACCCAAGUUGCUUGCAAUGAAUGCAAACGACGCAAGCUGAAAUGUAGUGGUGGUUUGUCCUGUGCGAGAUGUUCCCGUGAUCAAAUUCCUUGUGUCUAUGCUACACAUCGCCCUUCUGCCGCAUCGAUUCAAGAGACUGACCUCAAGGAUGAAAGAGCGCAUACUCAAUUCCAAGCCGUGGAUAGGCAAUUGGAAGCUCUGCGGUGGGAAGUGCGGAACCUUUCCGCCCGUGUUCAUGAGCUUGAAUCUCCUCGUCUUCCUUUAGCCUCUAAUGCGUCGGCUCUACCCACCCCAGGGAACUUACAUCGUAUCCUAGAUGCUCCCAAGUCGCCGACGUAUGUCGGACCAACGAGCGCGGAGUUUGGCCUCACUCAGCCUCGAAGGUCCUUAUCCCACCAAGCUGGGGACUGUGCCACAAUUGACGACUGUGGUGAGGAACUUGACCUGUCAACUGCUCCUAGUCCUGCGCCGUCAGAAAGAAGCGAAAAUACUCCUCUUAGGCAUCCCUUGAGAAGCCUGGGUCCGGAUGAAACCCUGCGAUUAGUCCAAGUUUAUGAAGACACAGUCGGUGUGAUGUACCCCUGUGUCGACUUGGACGGAGUGCGGGCAUAUGUGCUUGAGUUCUACCGCUCCCAUGAUUCAACCACUGGAUCUUCUUCAGGGCUAUCGACGCACACAGCCUCGGAUCAGGAUUGGUUCUCUGCGCGCGAUGUCCAGGUGCUGAAGAUUCUUUUGGCGACCGCCCUACUAGUCGAAUCACAUGGUCGCAGUGAGCGUGCCGCCCAGUUGGCUGACAGUGUGGAGGAUCGAUUCGCGAGCCGAAUGAAAAUCGCCGAGGUCGACAUGAAAGAAAUUCUCAUUCUGACUCUGUUGUCGAUUUUUCACUCUUACCGUGAUGAUGAAGUCAUCGCCGGGCGUUUAAUUAACAUGGCAGUUCGAGGGAGUACGGAGCUAGGUCUCCAUCGUCAAGAGACGUGGCAAAAGACAGGGGGGGUUUUCCCGGGCGAGUUGGAAUGGACAUGGGCAAGUCGACUGUUCUGGUGCAUCUAUGUGCUAGAUCGCAAGUGUGCCUUUGGCACAGGUUUACCCUUUUCCAUUCAAGAUUCCGAUAUCGAUACCAACUUGCCCGAGCCGGGACACUCCACUCCGUACCUGACCUGCCUGAUCUCCCAUGCGCGGCUAAGCACAAAGAUCUGGGGCCUGGUAGUUGGAUGGCCUAACCGGUCACAGGCGGCCACCUCAGAUGGUUGCGCUUAUUUAGACGCCCAAGUUCAGCAAUGGAUCCAUUCCAUUCCGCAUGAAUUACGCUUUGAUCCAACUUGGCGCUCUCCCACCGGAUCAGAGCACACUGAUCAAACUAUAAUGCUUCAGGUCUUUCUUGCUCUACAGGCAAACCAGCUUCGAAUUCUUGUGUAUCGACAAAAUCUGCUCAGUGAUGAGCGGAUAGCGGACAAUGUGGCCGGUGCCUCGACUGCUGUGGAAACGGCCAAAAGUACCGUUCAUAUGCUGGACUAUUUCAGCCGGGUCUCAAAUAUAUAUUUCCAGCGACCGGAGCCAUUCAACUAUUUCCUUCUAUCUGCCCUUGCUGCCCUCUUCUUGGCCGUUUUACAUGCUCCGGCGCGUUUCAGCCAUGUUUGCCGGCCUGAAUUCUAUACGGCUGUGGACAUGGUUCGUCGCUCGGCCACACGAGCGCGUACUUCUCGGAGAUUGCAAAAGAUCCUCCACAGUUUGAAACGGAUUCGAUUGAACCUCAGGUGGGAUAGUGAAACCGGUCAAUCAUCUACCCAUCGAGGCCAUCUAGAUUCCAAAGAGAAAGAGACAUCCCGAGUGUCCUCCAGGAAUUGGGAUACAACGCCAGAAUCAAUCAUAACAGAGUCUGCUGCUGCACAUUGCACUCCCAGCCUUCAUCGGAUAUCCGGGGCGCUCACCCCGCAGCCCUCAUCUAACGCUUUCUGGCCAAUGUCACCCGGUACAGUUGCUGGACCUGAAUCCAAUGUGUGCGAAGAUUUGAGCAGCUUUUUUGAGAUUGCAGGUGGAUUCUACUUUGACCCUCAAACUGGUUCGGACAUUACCGCCGGAGAAGAUGUGGGGUUGGCCCCUGGAGGUGACACACGGUCGCCCAAUGCGCUGGACGCGUUUCAUGCCGAGGAUGAGGCCUUGACGCGAGUUAUGGCCGGUUUACUGUGA